AUGUCCGCCGUCUCGUCCGUCCUCCAGCCCCAGGGCACGGGAAUUCGCCAAUCAUCCCGGCAGACGCGGACGAACCCGUCUCGCACCUCCAAGACCAUCGGCCGGUCCUCGUUCGCGUUCGGUCGAGACUCGACGGCUGUGAUUCCUGCGUCGCCCCCUAUCCCGCACGGGUUCUACCCGGCUCUCACGCAUUUCACCGACUCUGUCACGGCGCUGCCGCGCGAGUUUCGGCGCCAUAAUUCUUUGCUGAAGGAGGUCGACGCGAAGGCUUGGGCUCUUGAAGAAAAUUUGCUGCAGCUUCUUCAGUACGCCUCUGAGUCGGGACCUGUCCCUCACCCACCUCACCCGGCGCCCAUUGCUGGGGGUGUUGUGCGCGAGGAUGUUUUGCCCAAGGAGCUCUCCCAGCCCCUCGAAUUGCCCGAGAGUAAAAGCCGUCGGCUUCUUUUCGACCGCGUGCGACAGAAUCUUUCCGAUCUGAUGAUGACAGCAGACGAGAAGAACCAUGUGAUUUCCAACGCGAACGAGGAGCUGGAUCGGCAAGUUCUCCGGCUGGAUACUGUGUUUCCAUACAUCGCGGGCGAGAUCAGUGAGGAGGCCCGUCUGGGUAGUCUGACUCACUGGGCCUACUCGAACAAGAGCACGGCCAAGGCGGCGACCAACGAGCGGCCGCGUCGGGAAGCCGUGUCGCACAGGCAGGAUCUGGCGCAUGCGCUCCACGAAGCCGAAGCUGCCAGUCGCAGUGAGGCGCGGCGUGAGGCUGUCUUGGCUCGGAAACAACGUCGGACGCAUGUCGACGCAGACUAUGAAGAAGGGCGAGGCUCGGGUGCCCGCAAGACCAAUGCGAGCAAGUCUCGUGGUGGUGACCACGCUGCAGCUGAUCAAAGCGCCGCAGCCAAACGUCGCAAGGUCGAGCGCCCGCUGGCGGUGGACGCGGCUACACCAAUGGAACGAACUACCAGCGGCGCGGGGAGCCAGCGGGUCGCAUCCAAGGAUGCCGUGGAGAAGAAACGGUCCCGCGCUCCCAAUUCCGGCGCCGCCGCGGCGCGCAAGAAGACCAACGCCAAUUCCAACGCUACAUCGCCCGUUAUGGCGCCGUCGCCCCUGGUUGGAUCUUUCAACCCUCCACGGAGUGCUGCCAGUCCGGGGCCCAAUUCCUCUCGGCCGCAGUCAUCUCGCACCCAGCCAAACUCUGCACAGAACAACAACUCUCGGCAGCGGCCAUCAUCCUCGGCCUCCAACCGCAUUGGUCAACCCACAACCAGUAUGUCGACUUUCCCCGUCGCUCACAUCAAUUCUGACCUUUUUGCCUACCCAGUCAAACCCUCAGAACCCAAAUCCACUCCCCGGGACGGUCCCGUCAAAAACGAACUCGGCCACGCCGAUGUACACCGCGGCGAUUUCGAAGGCGAGCUUCCUUCGCGAGCAUCGGCCGCAGCGGGCUCCAAACGCGAGGAUCUGGACGCGCGACCCGCCGACUCGGUCGAUGCCGAAACAUCCAAGGGCCGCACCUCUAAGACUUCGACCCCCGUGCUCUCCACCUUGGCCGAGAACACCCAGCCACGUUCCCGUCCCACGCGAAGCACCGACCCUGCGCCCGCCAAGCGCUCUCACAAGAAGGGUGCUGUCCCCGCACAGCCUGCCAUACCCUCCGACGAAGAAUCUCUGCACGAGGGUGACGACGAAGACGAGGAGGGCGAGCCGCGGUACUGCUACUGCAACGAGAUCAGCUUCGGCGAGAUGGUCGCAUGCGAUAAUGAUGCUUGUCCGCGCGAGUGGUUCCAUCUGUCGUGCGUGGGGCUGACGAAACCGCCUGGCAAGAAUGUCAAGUGGUACUGCAACGAGUGUAAGGAGAACAUGAGACGGAGUCGCAAUGGACGGUAG